AUGAAGCCCAAUACAGGAUUCCUGUCUCUUGCUGAAGAACUCCGGGUUUUCAUACUGAGCUUUCUUCCUUACCGAGAUAUCCUUCAAUGCACAUCUAUAUGCAAGGCCCUUCGCCAGACAUAUGUGUCCUCCUCCGAGCUCCAGUACAUCGUUGAACUCGGCGGCCAACACUUGCUCCCUGGACCCAACACGGACAACCACACACCUGUUUCCCAGCGUCUACGACUCUUGAGGAAUAAAGCUCACGCAUGGUUCAAGGCUGACGUUGACUCUUUCGAACCAUUCCCUAUACCGUUUAAACACACUACGAGUAUAUUCAUCGCUAAUGGGCAUGUCUAUUUGUGGGACAAAGACGACGAUACUGCCAGGAUCAUUCCGCUUCUUCCGAAGCCCCCACAACAAGCAUUCCAGCGCUACUGGUCUCCAGGAACGCUGUGUUCAGUCCCCCACUCAACCAACAUCGAUGUGUUCAUGGACCCAGCACAAAAUUUGAUCGCCGUCGUGUAUAUUGUUGAUCACAAGACAACUUUUAUUGACCUUAAAGCAUUGAGUGUCGAUGGUGUUCACCCCCGCGCCGCUGGACAAACAAUGUUUCUGUCUGGGCUGCCCGGACACGAUGACUCGGAAAUCCACACGAAAAACGUCGAGCUCAAAGGGUUGGGGAAGCAUAUUGCUUUGCAGCGCUGGUUGUCCGUUGAACAAGGGACUUCGUCAGACGACAUGUGGCAGUUACAGAUUUGGGACUGGCAACAUUCAACAACAUCCAAUAGCGUCCUUAGCGCCGAAUACGGCACCACAUUCGAUUUUUGUUUCCUCGGAGAUAAUAGGUUGCUCGUUUUCACCAACGAUAUGAAGAUCUAUUCCAUCGAGGAUAUGUCCCAGACGCCACAAUUGCUGGCGUGUUUCCUGUUACCAAUCCCAUUGGAUGACACAAAGUUUUUCCUUCCGGUUGAUCAGAUCCAAGCCCAACAAUCUAUGUACACUUCUGACCCUGCACAUCGCAUACUAUGCAUUUUCAUGGGCACUUCUCUUGUCUUCAUCAUUUCCACAAAGGUUUUCUUCGACCUUGGCGGAAUAGCAGCAACAACGCCAAUACCAUGGAAGAAUUGGGGCCCCUCAAAUACCCGUGUUUUCAACCAACCAGAUUUCUGCGGAAUUCACGUUUGCGGCAAUCGAGUUUUGCAGACAUUUUGUGUCCGCCGCGGCAAGGAGUAUAAAUUACAUGUGAUGGAUUUCAGUCCGCUAGCUGUGAUGAACAGGCGGGGUCUGGGACGAGUGGUGAAAGAGCCAUCUACGAUAUAUAUCGGUGGCUACACUUACACGCCAGGGGACAGCUUGACAACAUUUCUGCCUUAUGUCGAGGUCGUAUUGGACAGAACCUUCCGAGAUUCCUUUCCUAAUAUAUGGAUAGACGAAGAUAGAAUGUAUUUAUUCGAUUUUGUAAAACAGACCGUGGAAGGUACUAGCUACACGCUUGAGGUUGUCGCCGUCUAG